AUGCAAGCGGUGAUUGCUCUGUGUCAUUUUUGCGAGAAUCACGGCCCAAGGGUGAUGAUGAUCACCCAGCCGAUGCGUAGUUUACCUUCGGCUUCAUCCAGUUCAGUGUCGUUAAUAGAAUUUGAUCAGAUCUCACCUGGAACCGAUGGCGAACACGAUGGCCCUAUCUAUUAUGGAGACUGUACUCCGGAAAUUCUAGAAGACCCUGAGGAAAGGUGUAAUGCUUGCACAUCCUUCGGUAAUAUCAACCAGCCAUGUUUGCUUUCGAACGACCAUGAAAAUAAAACUAGCUACAUAAGUACUCAGAUACCGUUGAAAGAACGAGUCUAUGAGCGCGUUCGAAACGCUUGUUUGCGCUCAUUAAGUUGUGAAAUUUCUGCACCGCGUAAAGGGACUCCCUCUCCGCUUAGACAAGUACUUAGCAAAAGUACUAGUAGUAGAAUUAUGCAUAAAAUAAUGAGCGCAUAUCGAUUGAGCUCGGUACGCGUGAAUCCAAUGCGAUGGGAUGGAACAGCAGCGGAUGAUGCGGAUGAAAGCGGAGGAAAUGACGUGGACGGAUCUGUGUUCUUUGGCGAUGCGGACAAUGGCUAUUGUUUUUCGCUUACUUUUAGGUUGCGAGAUUCUAAAGCUCGUGGUUUCCAUCGACUAUAUUCUUUUAUUGUGGUUAGCAAUGAUAUGACAUACAUUAUUCAAAACUAUGAAUUUUUCCUGCAAGCCCUUACAGCAAUGAAGGAGAAAUUGCAGGUUAGUUGUGGGCGUGCCUAUUCUCACUUUUUCAUGUACAAGAAGAAAUUUGUUUUUGUUAUAUUCCUUAGAAGUGCGCAAGUUCUGCUUGGAAGCUUACCUGAAAUUUCUGUUUGUAAAUGUGUUUGUGUAUCACUACAGCGGAAGCUAAGGCUUAAAAUUGAGUUUGACCAAAGGCUACGUCAUCUCCUACAUUCCACCUCGGCCAGAUUCAUACACGUAGCUUGUCGUGAUCGCUGA